UGUUUACCCAAGCGGUUAGCAGUGACACUCACACCCGGGUGGAGUUCUUCCUUUUUAAACCCAAAACCUCGACUGGUGUCUCCUCUCGAGACACCUGCUCCAUCCGGCGUAGCUUUCAUCCGAUAAUUGGGGGUCUCAACGAAACCAUCUGGUUCAUAACUCUGUACCAAGUCUGGAAGUCCAAAGUGAGUGCACCCAACUGCCAGCCUUUGUUUGAGACAGUCUCAGACAGAGAAUUGUCUCUUUUUUUUGGCCAUGUUUCUGUGAAUGUGGAAGAGCCUAAAGGACACCAGCCUUGUUAUUGUUUAAGGUGCUUGAGCAAAUGAGAAGUGAAAUGGAAAAAGCACGUGUUUGUCUGCCAGUCACGCCACAGCAUUAUUAUUAAAAGUUAUUCGCUGAAUAAUAUGCAGUAACAGUGAUACAAUGGGAUCGGUGGAGUCCUACUUUGGUCAGCUGUGUCGGCAGCAACAAAAGAAAGAGGAGGAGAGACGUUUGCGAGCUAAUGACAGACCUUUCAACCUGUCCUACCACUAUGCUAAUAAUGCUAUCAAGACGUCCAAAUACAAUGUCUUCACCUUCCUGCCACUGAACCUUUUCGAGCAGUUCAGGAGGCUCGCCAACAGCUACUUCCUCUUCCUCUUUAUACUUCAGCUCAUCCCACAAAUCGCCUCGCUUUCUUGGUUCACCACAGCCGUCCCGCUCGUUUUGGUUCUCUCGAUCACAGCGGUCAAAGACGCCACCGAUGACAUUAACAGACACAAGAGUGACAAACAAGUGAACAACCGUAAAGUCAGCGUCCUCAUCGACGGAGAACUCCAAAGUGAAAAAUGGAUGAAUGUUCAGGUUGGAGAUGUCAUUAAAUUGGAAAAUAACCAGUUUGUCACAGCAGACCUUCUUUUGCUCUCGAGCAGUGAGCCUCUAAACCUGGUCUAUGUGGAAACAGCAGAACUGGAUGGUGAAACCAAUCUGAAGGUGAAACAGGCACUGACUGUCACUGGAGAGAUGGGAGACAACAUCGAAGCACUGGCCAGCUUCACAGUUGAAGUCAGAUGCGAAUCCCCAAACAACCGCCUGGACAAAUUCAAAGGGACACUCGCAGUAAAUGGACAAACAUACUCUUUGGACAAUGACAAAGUGCUUCUUCGUGGAUGCACUUUGAGAAACACAGAGUGGUGCUUUGGAUUGGUUAUCUUUGGAGGUCCGGACACAAAGCUGAUGCAGAACAGCGGAAAAACAACGUUCAAGCGCACAAGUGUUGAUCACCUCAUGAAUGUCUUGGUGCUUUGUAUAUUUGGCUUCCUGGCUUCCAUGUGCUCAGUUCUGACCAUUGGCAACGUGAUCUGGGAAGUGAAGGAAGGCUCGGCAUUCACUGUGUUCCUCCCUCGGGAACCUGGUGUUGAUGCACCUCUUUCAUCAUUCCUCACCUUCUGGUCUUAUGUCAUCGUCCUCAACACGGUGGUGCCUAUAUCUCUCUAUGUCAGUGUGGAGAUCAUCCGUCUUGGGAAUAGUUUCUACAUUGACUGGGAUAGGAAGAUGUAUUAUGCCAAGAGUGACACUCCGGCUCAGGCGAGGACCACCACUCUCAAUGAGGAACUGGGUCAGAUCAAAUAUAUCUUCAGCGACAAAACUGGCACCCUGACGCAGAAUAUCAUGGCAUUCAAUAAGUGUUCCAUCAAUGGCAAAAACUACGGUGAGAUAUUAGACUAUUCAGGACAAAGGAUGGAAAUAACAGAGAAGACACCGAGGGUCGACUUCUCGUGGAACCGGCUGGCCGAUCCAAAGUUCAUUUUUCAUGACCACAGCUUGGCAGAAACUGUCAGGGAGGGCAACUCGGAGGCUCAGGCCUUCUUCCGGUUGCUGGCUCUGUGCCACACUGUGAUGCCUGAGGAAAAGAAAGAAGGCGAAUUGUACUACCAGGCUCAGUCCCCUGAUGAAGGUGCUCUUGUCACUGCUGCAAGAAACUUUGGCUUUGUGUUCCGUUCACGCACACCGGAGACCAUCACAGUUGUGGAGAUGGGCCAACAAGUCGUCUAUGAACUUUUGGCUGUUUUGGACUUCAAUAAUGUGCGCAAGAGGAUGUCAGUCAUAGUUCGUAGCGCUGAGGGGAAGUUGACUCUAUACUGCAAAGGAGCAGACACCAUCAUCUACGAGAGGCUUCACUCAUCCUGCAACAAGCUAAUGGGCGUCACCACCGGACAUCUCAAUGAGUAUGCAGGCGAUGGUCUCCGCACAUUGGUUCUGGCUUACAAACAUUUGGAUGAGCACUAUAUGAAGGAGUGGAUGCAGCGUCACCACGAGGCCAGCACCGCCCUCGACGGAAGGGACGAGAAACUUGAUGAACUCUAUGAAGAAAUUGAAAAAGACUUGUUGCUUCUGGGAGCAACGGCAGUAGAAGACAAGUUGCAGGAUGGUGUGCCUCAGACAAUAGAGCAGCUCGCCAAAGCUGACAUAAAAAUCUGGGUAUUGACCGGGGAUAAACAGGAGACUGCAGAGAACAUCGGCUAUUCUUGCAACAUGCUGCGAGAAGAGAUGAAGGAUAUUUUCACGGUGUCAGCAAAUACAGCAGAAGGAGUCAAAGAGGAGCUAGUGUGCGCAAGGAGGAAAAUGUGUCCCUCGGCAGCAGAGGCACCAACUGUGGCCAAAGCUCGUGCAGGUCUCUUCUGGCUUGAAAAGACAGAAACCGUGCAUGAUGACAAAGUGGAUGGGGAAUAUGCACUUGUUAUAAAUGGACACAGUCUGGCCUUUGCCUUAGAGAAAGGCCUGGAGUUGGAACUAUUAAGGACAGCAUGCAUGUGCCAAACCGUGAUCUGCUGCAGGGUCACCCCACUACAGAAAGCCCAGGUUGUUCAACUGGUUAAAAAAUACAAACAGGCGGUCACUCUAGCCAUUGGGGACGGGGCCAACGACGUCAGCAUGAUCAAGGCUGCACAUAUUGGUGUCGGCAUCAGUGGUCAGGAGGGCAUGCAGGCCGUUCUGUCCAGUGACUUCUCCUUUGCCCAGUUCCGCUAUUUGCAGCGUCUGCUGCUGGUGCACGGGCGCUGGUCAUAUCUGCGCAUGUGCAAGUUUCUACAGUACUUCUUCUACAAGAACUUCACCUUCACCUUCGUACAUUUCUGGUACGCCUUCUUCUGUGGCUUUUCUGCACAGACUGUGUAUGACGAGUGGUUCAUCACCAUGUACAACCUGGUGUACACAGCCCUCCCUGUCCUAGGAAUGAGUCUUUUUGACCAGGAUGUGAAUGAUCGCUGGAGUUUCCAGUAUCCGCAGCUCUACUCCCCUGGGCCUCUGAACACUUAUUUCAACAAGAAAUUAUUUGUCCGUUGCAUGAUGCACAGUUGCUACAGCUCCCUCAUCCUCUUCUUCAUUCCAUGGGCGGCGAUGCAUGACACAGUCCGAGACGACGGCAAAGACAUUGCGGAUUAUCAGUCCUUUGCUUUACUGGCACAGACGUGUUUGCUUGUCGUGGUCAGCAUCCAGCUGUGUCUAGACACCCAUUACUGGACAGCUGUGAACCAGUUUUUUGUGUGGGGCAGCCUUGCAGUCUACUUUGCUACCACGUUUACCAUGUUCAGCAAUGGCAUGUUCCUAAUCUUCACCUCCGCAUUCCCCUUUAUCGGUACAGCGAGGAACUCUCUGAACCAGCCUAAUGUGUGGCUGAUUAUACUCUUGACAACGCUCCUCUGUAGUCUGCCGGUGGUGGCUUACCGUUUCACUGUCAUUCAGCUUUGUCCCACCGUCAAUGAUAAGGUGAGACAUAAGUUGCGGAAGGAGGCGCUGCCAGGCCCCGCGCCUCGUCGUCCGCCGGUCAGGCGAAUCAGCACCAGGCGAUCGGGCUACGCCUUCUCUCACGUGCAAGGCUAUGGCGACCUGGUGACAUCGCGAAGAUUUCUGCGUCCUCGAAAGAACCGGCCCGCCUUGUUCAAACAAACAGACUCCCCUCUGGUACAGAACCAGCCACAACACUACCGCACCAUCACAGAGGAGCCAGAGCAGCCAAUGCGGCACUAGACAAAAGGUACACGUGAUGAGGUUUCAGUGGGGGGGCUCAUGAGAAAAAUCGCUGCAUGGAUGGGUUCUGAGACAAACUGUUAUACAGUUAUGUGUACUGUAAAAUUACAAAAAAAAAUAUGUUUAAAAAGAGCAUGGAUUUUUUUCCUUACAGGGAAAUACACUGUUGGACUCAAAGUCUAAUUUCAGGUUCGGUUGGGGUUGAAUUACUUACAACUGAUUAUCAAAAUUUGAAACUCAUAAAUUUAUAUCACAACUCACCACUGUAAAAAAAAAUAUUGCCGGGACUCCCUUGACCACACUUCAUUCAUUACAAAUGCAUAUGAAAGCUGCCUCACAGCUGAGAUGACGUGAAUUUGUAUCUUGGGCAUGUUUGAUGUUUGCAUGUUCUCACUGUCAUUGUGGAGGUUUUCCUGCAUCGUCCAAUUUCCUCUCACAUACCAAAAACAUGCAUGUUAGGUUAAUUGAAGAGUCUACAGUAAAUUGUCCAUAAAUAUGAAUAUGAGUGUGAAUGGUUGUGCCUGGCGAUUGGCUGGCAACCAGUCCAGGGUGUACUGCGCCGCUUGCCCAAAGUCAGUUUGGAUAAGCUCAAGCAGACAAGCGAUACCUUCAUGUCUAUCUAUCUAUCUAUCUAUCUGUCAAGUGCUAAAAGUGGAAACUGGCUGGCUUGUUCUCUACGAGAUUUUUUAUUUUUUUUUAAUGGAAACAUGUCAGCCAAUCGGAGAAGGGGGUUCCCCGAGUAGAAGACGAAACGAAAGGGUCGAGGACAAGAUUUGAAGUUAUACCAUUUUAUGCGAAUUUGUCGGGGCUUUUAACCUGAUUUUCUAGAGGGGAAAGGGAAACAAAAUCUGCAUUUAAGUAGCUGUUCCAACCAGGCCCAACAUUUUGAAAGACUGUCAUUUUGUGGGAAAUCUUGAAGCCUGUUUACCAAUUAGUUUAAUAGCGUUCUAAGAAAAAAACAAUAACAAUUGAAUUUCCUCAGUCAAACACACAUUUUAACGUGCAUUUUAAUUAAAUUAUAUCAUGUCGUGAACUAUCUGCUUUAUAGUUGGGAUAUACUAACUAGGGUAUGAAUUUUACGUCAUAUUUUGGUUUUGCUUUGUAUUGAACUGCCAUUGUCCCAAGUGUCAUUGUUAGUGCAUUUUGAGUUAUUUUCAUUGUGUUGGAUUUGUUGUUUACAUGAUUUAUUAUUUAGAAGGUUGUUGAACAUAUACUAUUAUUCUGCAUUCAUGAAACAUCAUGAUUUGUUUCUUCAAAUGACUUUGUCCACAAGGAGCUAUGACAGUUUACCACUUGCAAUGCUACCAAAGGACCACCAAGGGACAGUGUUGUUUUUUUAAACUAAUUUUACCUCAGAGCCAGUAAAGUUGGUAUCUUGAAAGGAAUACUGUACCUGUGGCCAUUAUUUUACCGAACCGUUCUAACUUGUGUCAAAUCUAUGGAUGAAUUGCUUGGUAUUGACACAAACUUUGUUUUCAGAAUGAUCAUUAGUGUCUCCCAGGGGACAAAACAAUGUGAGGGAAAGACAAAUACUCAUGUAAAAAGUAAAUUGCUUUCUUAUUAUACUUGCAAUUGGCUGAAUGCAUAUGUGAAUUGUCGUAAAGGAAUUAUAUUGUCUAUUUAAUGAACAUUUCAUGACAGAUGUAUUUUUUGAAAUGAGAGAGAACAAAACAGCAAGGAACUCCACUCUAGCAAAACUUUGCCUGAGUGCACCACGUGGUCAGGUCAGUCAUCCAAAAAAAAAAA